ACUUCGCUUGGCUUCGAGAGGCGCACGCCGCGCCACGGCGAACCCACUGCCACCACCACCACCCACCAUGCUCUCCCUCCUCCCGCCCUUGCGCCCGCGCGCCGCGCCCUCCGACGCCGCCUCCGCCGCGCCGCGCCGCCCGGUCGUCAUCCUCCCAGUCAGUCACCGCGCCCUCCUCCUCCCUCUCUUAUUGGGCGCUGAACAGGGGCUCGGGAACAACACGGCCGACUACGCGCGGCUGGCCGGGGCGCUGCGGGACGACCACGGGAUGCCGGCCGCCGUCGUCGCGCGGGUGUCCCGCCCCGACUGGCUCCGCAACGCCGCGGGGCUCGCCGACCUCAGCUACUGGCGCGGCACCCUCCGCCCGCGCCCCGUCCUAGACUGGUACCUAGGACGAGUGGAGGAAGCGGUGGCCGAGGCCAAGGAGCUCUGCUCUCCAGAUGGGAAGCUAUCAUUGAUAGGGCAUUCGGCCGGGGGCUGGCUCGCGCGCGUGUACAUGGAGGAAUUUGGGACUUCUGACAUUAGUUUACUGCUCACCCUUGGCACUCCUCACCUGCCACCUCCUAAAGGUGUAUCUGGCGUAAUUGAUCAAACUAGAGGACUACUGUACUAUGUUGAGAAGAAUUGCGCCCCAGCAGUUUACACACCAGAACUACGAUAUGUGUGCAUAGCUGGAAGGUACAUUAAGGGUGCUCGUCUAACUGGAAACUCCAUUACUACAGCGGACGAGAUUGUUGCAGUGGACACUACAUCAGAAGCAGCUGAAGCAGUCAUGAUCAGCGCCGACAACAUAUCUGCUCCGCCAGGCCCCACUUUCCGAUCCCGCUUUGUUGGGCAAGGGUACAAACAGGUCUGUGGGCGCGCUGAUGUCUGGGGAGACGGUGUUGUCCCCGAAGUUUCAGCACAUCUGGAGGGCGCACUGAAUAUAAGCUUCGAUGGCGUGUACCACUCUCCAGUAGGCUCUGAUGAUGAAGAGAGGCCCUGGUACGGCUCACCAGCGAUCCUUCAGCAGUGGGUGCAUCACCUCCUCAGCUGACGCCUGGGUUCUAAAAUUACGUCGACAAGAUGAUGUAUGUAUUGACAUGCCGACAGGUGAGGUGAUUGUUGUACCAAUACCAAUCAGCACAAAAGGCAAACAUUUUUUUCCAGUAGUACGUUGCACGGCAUAGUACCACCAUGAAGUAAUCAUGUAUACAGAGAGGAUCUAUGCUGGCUUCAGUUAUACGACCUAAACUUUAUGAAAUUGCAUGUGAACUACAAGCACACUUUUUUUUAAGAUAAUAGUUACUGGUA